AAAUAUCUGGCGUUUGUAUCCAUCAGAUGAGCAUUAAUCCUAUGCUCAUAGUACCGUAAUAUUUCAAAAAUGUCAUCUGAUGGUAGUUUAGGUGGUUACUUUCUGUUGUCAGUCACUGGACAGAUUGAAAAGGCUGACUUUCCACUUCAUGACUAUAUAUGGUGCAAGUACUGCUUCGCAACUGGUCAAGACUGGACCAAAUUAACCGUAAGAUUCUAGAAUGACCUAUACAACAGAAAUAUGGCAGGGCCUCGAUGAAGGGAUGACUCAAACUUCUAUUAAAGGUGUUGGUUGUAAUGAUCAGAACAAUUUCAACUUUCCAAUUGACAUUUCAUGGAAGUCUACAAACCCAUUCGGUUGGCCUCAAAUCGUCCUUCAUGCUUAUGGCGUUGACGUCUUUGGUAAGGAUGUUUUACGAGGUUACGGUGCCGUUCACGUCCCAAUGAAGAUCGGAAGCCACAGAAAAAGAGUAUCCAUGUUUGUGCCCCAAUCUUCUUCACAGCUGAUGAAAUUGAAUGCAUGGUUAACUGGAAAAAGACCAGAGUUUCUUAAUCCAAAAGUAAUAGCUUGUGGUGAGGGUCGUGGAGUAACUAAAGUGCAAACCCAAGGUUUCGUAGAUAUCAUAUUCAAUAUCGCUGUAAAAAAUCUACAGAAUUUAGGUUAUGCUAAUGAUAAGAAAAGGGAGACUUUAACAGAAGAUUUAUUGAUGUUAAUAAAUAAAGAUCCAAUAUAGAAAUUAUGAUAAUGUUUUAUUAUUAUUAUUAUUAUUAUUAUUAUUAUUAUUAUUAUUAUUAUUACAUAAAUCUCUUCCCUUUGUUAAGUGAAUCUGAUAGGAUACUUGAUAAACAAUAAAUUAUCUAGUUUGUUGUUGUAAUC